UCCGAUGUACCGUACAUGACCGCCAGAAUCUUUAACGGCGAAACCUCUUAUAAAUUUGACGUCAACUCCACCAGCCGCUAUAUCAUUCGACUCCAUUUCUACCCAUCAAAUUACCCAGAUUACAACGUCUCGGAUUCGUAUUCCGUCGUAUCUACAGGUGCCAUCACGCUAUUGAACAACUUUAGUGCUUUCAUAACCGCUGAAGCUCUUUCACAAGCCUAUCUCAUCAAAGAAUACUCGCUGGCGGCUUUUGAUUCCGAUUCCAUCACCCUUACCUUCAAGCCGGCUGGUAAAUCGUUUGCGUUCGUUAAUGGAAUUGAGUUGAUAACGGAACCGGAAUUGUUCGAUGAUCAAGCGGCGUUGGUUGGGGUGGCGGAGGACGCCGGAACCAUCGAUGGGGUAUCAUCAAACAUGCAGAAUAUGUUCAGACUGAAUGUCGGUGGGCAGUUUAUUCCUCCGACGAAUGAUUCCGGUGGGUUGAUGAGAAGUUGGUACGAUGAUACACCUUAUAUGUUUGGUGCCGGUACGAUCACCCACAUCGGAAAUGUUACAAUUGAGUAUAAUGAUUUGCCGGAGGCCACAGCUCCGGCGGACGUUUACCGGACGGCGAGAACUCAAGGACCCGAUCCUAAUGUCAAUAAGCAAAGCAACGUGACGUGGGUUUUUCAGGUUGAUGCUAAUUUCACUUAUCUUGUGAGGUUUCAUUUUUGUGAAUGUCAACUUGAGAAAGCUAACCAGAGGGUGUUUGAGAUCAUGUUGAACAAUCAAACCGCAUUCGCCACCGCCGACGUGAUUGCUUGGACCGGCGGCAAAGGGAUACCGACGAGAAAAGAUUAUGCGGUUUUUUCAGGCGACAAACCUGGAGAUGAAGAAUUGUGGGUGACUCUGCAUACCAAUAUUGAUUUGAAGCCUGAAUUCUAUGAUGUCCUUCUUAAUGGAUUAGAGAUUUUUAAGCUCAGUGAUUCGCAAUCGAACCUCGCCGGACUGAAUCCGGUCCCGUCGAAAUUGAUGCAGAAACAGUUGAUUGCUAAUCGGGCUCCCGAUAACAGUUCGAUCACGAAUGCCGUCGUUGGUGGUGCGGUCGGUGGAGCCGCCACGAUCGGGGUUGCAGCGUUGGUUCUGUUCAUGAUUCGUAAAAGAAGAAGAGUCCCAGGACCCGACUCCGGUGCAACUAGUUGGUUACCGGUCUACGGUGCUUCUUCCACCAGCAAAUCAACGAUAUCCGGGAGGAGUCAUGGUGGUAGUAAUCUGUCAUCGGAUGCCGUCUGCAAUUGCCGGUAUUUCUCGUUGUUGGAGAUAAAAAAUGCGACGAAUAGCUUCGACGAGUCUAACGUGAUCGGAGUUGGAGGUUUUGGGAAGGUCUAUAAAGGCGUGGUCGAUGGUAAUACAAAGGUAGCAAUCAAGAGAUCGAACCCGUCUUCCGAGCAAGGAGUUAACGAGUUCGUGACGGAGAUCGAGAUGUUAUCGAAGUUGAGACAUCGGCAUUUGGUAUCGCUCAUCGGGUUCUGCGAAGAAGGUAAUGAAAUGGUGUUGGUUUAUGAUUAUAUGGGAAAAGGAACACUUCGUGAACAUCUUUAUAAAGGGAACAAGAUUACACUUUCAUGGAGGCAAAGAUUAGAUAUCUUGAUCGGAGCUUCGAAAGGACUUCACUACCUUCACACCGGAGCGAAAUACACGAUCAUCCAUCGAGACGUUAAGACCACCAACAUUCUUUGCGACGAUAAUUGGGUCGCUAAGGUUUCUGAUUUCGGGCUAUCUAAAACGGGUCCAAACAUGAACCAAAACCAUGUCAGCACCGUGGUGAAGGGUAGUUUUGGGUAUCUGGAUCCGGAAUAUUUCCGGCGGCAACAGUUGACGGAGAAGUCGGAUGUUUAUUCAUUUGGGGUUGUACUGUUUGAGGUGUUGUGUGCUCGGCCUGCUUUGAAUCCGAAUCUUCCGAAGGAACAAGUGAGUUUAGCGGAUUACGCAUUGCAAUGUGGGAGGAAGGGGACAUUGGAGGAGAUGGUGGAUCCGCAUUUAAAAGGGCAGAUUACACCCGAGGAGAUGAAGAAGUUUACGGAUUGUGCGUUACGGUGUUUGUCGGACCACGGGUUGGACCGACCAUCAAUGGGGGAUAUAUUGUGGACUUUGGAAUAUGUGCUUCGGAUGGGAGCGAAUGGGGAAGAGGGAACCAGAAAUCAUACGAAAUUGGAGUCAUUGGGAGGUGGGAUGGGGGAAGUGCCGAUUGAUCGGAAUGAUAUGAUCGCGAUGCAUCUCAACACUCUAAAUCUCGACGUCGAGGAUGAGGACGAUGCUAAUGGCAUCUUCUCGCAGAUUGUUGAUCCAAAGGGACGAUGACAGAAAGUAAAAUAGAGGCUACGAUUCUUGAUUCCCUUGGCCUCAAUUUGCCAUGGAAAACCUAUAGAAAGGAGGGGAAUGGAUUCAUC